UGUUGUCAAGGUGGCUGAUUGGCCGGCGCGGGAUGCGGGGACGUUUCCUUGGGCCCCCAGCGGGCGCAGCCCUCAGCCCGCACUGCGGAGCCAGGCGGCAGCAUGGACCGGGCUGGGGCAGACAUGUGGGCCAGCACCUUCACCCUGGCCAUGGCUGAGAGGAAGCCCCAGGACGUCUGGGUUCUGCUACCUGAGCACAGCCUGGUCCCGGGAUGCCUGGACGGCGGUGGUGUCCAGUACCUACUGGUGGGGCUCUCGAGGCUCCAGUGCGGUCACUGUCCGGGGACCUGGGACUCGGCCCAUGUGCACGUCCUCUUCCACCUGUGGUGGGACAGGGCCGGCCACCGGGGGCUGGUGAAGAUGCGCAUCUGGGGCCAGCGGUGCAGGCUGUGCCCCGCACCCGGGGACUGCCAGGUGAGGCCCCCGGGCGAGCAGCCCUUCCUCAGCAGGCUGGUCUUGCACAUCCUGCAGGACUGCUACGGGGAUGGCCCCGGCCCAGCCCGGCACCCCAGGGAGGCCUAUGAGGGCUGCUGUGAGGCCUGUGAGCUGGGGGUCUGCUUCCUCCAGAAGGCCCCAGACCCUGCCUGGAGCGCCAACGCCACAAAAGGCAACUUCCCCGCCACGGCCUGGGGUGGCACUGGCACCGUCUCCAGGGGCAAACCGCUGUCCACCCCUGGCGACGACCUUGGCAAGGGUGGCGGUGUCAUCGCCAUCCCCUUCUCCCUUGUGGGCACCAGCAAUGACCAGGUGCCCAUCGCUGAGGGCCCUGCCACCCCUGCAGGGGCCUCUCUCCCUGUGACCGGCAGCCGUGGGGCCCUGGUCAUCGGCCAGGGCUCCAUCUACCUGUCUGGGGAUUCUGUGGCCAUGCCUGGGGGCAAAGGCUUCCCGGUGGCCAUUGGAGACCCCCUCUUCCAUGGCCCCGGCCUCCUCGGCAGCAGCAUCCAGACCUUCGAGCUCAAAGGCUUCCUCUUCAAAGGCCGGGGCUCCCUCUGCAGCCCGGUUGGCGUGGCCCAGGGCUGGGGCCCCAUCUCCCUCAACAAUGGCCUCGUCCCUGUGGGGAAACACACGCCAACCGUGUUCUACUGUGUGGGCCUCUCGGCCAGCGGGGAGGGCUCCCUCACCUUCCCCUCCUCCCUCACCAGCAUCUUCACCAACACCCUCUCGGAGGCCACCGAUGGCCCUGUGGCCACUAAAGAGGCCUCCAUCACCUUCCCCUUCAUCUUUACUGAUGUCAAGGAUGCCGUUGCUGAGGUGGCUGAAGGCAACGGGAAGGAAGGAGGCGGCCAGGGCCUCGUCCCAGUGGGUCACGACGCCCUGCCAGAGACCAAUGCUGGUGGCCUCCCCUCCCAGGUCAAGGGCUCCCUUGCCCCCUCCUUCCCUGCUGAUGUCCAAGGCAAAGAUGCCUUUACUGACAUCACUGAAGGCAAAGAGAAGGAAGGUGGCCUGGUCACCGCGGGUCACGACGCCCCUCUGGAGGCCAAUGCCGAAGGCCCCAUCACGGUUAGUGAGGGCUCCAUCACCAUCCCCUUCUCAGUCUUCGAUGUCAUAAAGCGCAAGGGCGGUGGCCACGUUGCCUACGGCCCCCAGGGCAAUGGCUGCGUCUCCCAAGGCUAUUACCAGAAGAGGCAGCUGAGGUCCAGGUUCCACAAGGCCCGCUGUGGGUGCCGCCGGGAGGAAGACGAGCGCCCUGGCCGUGCCUGCCGUAGGCCGCACGCCGAGCCCUACGAGGACUUCUGGAUCUGGGUGUCCAUGACCGUGUGCGUCUUCUGGCUGAUGUGCAUGUGUCGGCUGAACCCCGGGAUCUACCCGCAGCAAGUGUGACGCCCCGAAGUUCAGGCAACCCUCGCCUCUGGGACUCCGCCUCGCCUCUGAGACACCCCCCAACCCCGCCUUUGAGAUGCCCGCCCCGCCUCCGAGGCCCCGCCUCCACCUCCGAGACCCCUGCCUCUGAGACCCCCGCCUCCGAGGCCCCGCCCCCCGCCUCCGAGACCCCGCCUCACCUCUGAGACCCCGCCCCCGCCAGCAGCCCAGCCCCUCCUGUCUCUUGCCCCUGGUUUUGUGGGUCUGCCCUGAGCUGUGCCUGUGUGCUCCAGCCUCUUCCUAUGUGUGUAACUCCAAUAAAACCAAGCAAAGCCAGCCACGCAGCCCUCCACCCAGGGGGGGUUUCCAGGCGAGAGAAACCUGGGCCGGUCCUUCUGUCCCUCCACCCUGCAGGGGCCCCUCACGCCCACCGCUUCGUCCCCUGGGGAGAGCUCCCUCUUGGGGAUUCCGAAUUCCUGGCCAUGUGUGGCUCCUGGGAUAGGACAGGAAGCUUUGGCUCCGGCUCCGUGUCAGGUGCAAAUUAGCCUCCCUCCUGUGUGGACCCAGGGGUCCUGUGGAAGAGGCCACUUACCUCUCUCCAGGAAAGACUCAAGCCCCCGCUGAGACUGGCUUGUCACGCCCUCCCUCUUCCCUCCAGCCUCAGUGUAGCCUCCGGAGGGAUCUUGGCACCUCUCAUCCGGAGGGUGGGAGGCCACGGUGGGGCUCUGAGCCUGUCUGGGUUUGAGAAAUUCUAUCCAUUGCAGAUGACAGAAAACUCUCCUGUUACUCAAAGCCACACACUGGAUUUUCAUUUUAAAAGAGCCCAGUUUCCAUUUCCUAGGGGCGGGGGUGUUGGGAUUCCCGGCUGUCCCAGCCAGGUGGGGGCCUGACAGUGGCAGUGUCUGGGUCUGACUGUCCGGCCUCUCAGGCAGGGUCAGCCCUGAGGGUCCUGGGAGGUUGGGAACUGCCUGGGGAGACCCUGGGGUCUGUGACUGGGGAAGCCCUGCCCUGUAGAAAGGGGAAACCGCGUCCAGGGCCCCUGGUGGGGAGGGGGGCCAGCCCAGAGAUUCUGCCUGCCAGGCUGGCCUGGAGCCCUGGGGUGUGCGGGGGAG